CGUGAGGCGGGGGGUGGGGGUGGAGGGGGGAGUCAUAAACACAGCGUGGACACACCCGCCGGCUAUGAUACCCAACAGCGAGCAAACUUGGACCUCGCUGAGUUUUGGUACAACCCCUCGCAACUUUGACUACGACCUAUUGCGAGCGGGCGCUGAAUCAUUGUGAGUGACAGCUCGCAUGGAUAGAAGAGCCUCCGAGGGCAGGACGCGCGCGAGGACUGAGCAAUGAGACAGUCCCACACCGGAGGACGCUGAAGAGUGCCGGCUGCUGGUGAUCUGGUGCUUUGAAGUUUGCUGCCUUGCUUGAAAACUGAACAUUUGGAGGUGCUGAACCACUGGCUGAGGUUGAAGAUGGCAUGGUCCUGGGACGACUGGCUCACCAUGCUGUGGAGAUGGACCCUCGUACCCUCGCUUCUGGUGCUCUUGCUUGGUGGGACGCAAACUCUUGGAGAUGGAGAUGGCUUCAACGCAGAGUCCUGGCUCCGGAUGUAUGGCUACCUCCCUCAGGCCAGUCGGCAGAUGUCCACCAUGCGCUCAGCUCAAAUCCUGUCCAACGCCAUCAGUGACAUGCAGAGAUUCUAUGGCCUGGAGAUCACUGGAGUGAUGGAUUCAGCUACUAUGGAAGCCAUGAAGAGGCCCCGCUGUGGGGUUCCGGACAAAUUUGGGGGUCAAAUCAAGACCAACGUACGUAGGAAACGAUACGCUCUCACCGGCCACAAGUGGGACAAAACCCAUCUGACCUUCAGCAUACAGAACUAUACCCCUAAGAUUGGGGAGUACAACUCAUACGAGGCCAUCCGUAGAGCCUUCACAGUGUGGGAGAAGGUAACACCACUGACCUUCGAAGAAAUUCCCUACAUGGAGGUCAAAUACGGCCGUCGGAAGGAGCCUGACAUUAUGAUCUUCUUCGCCUCUGGCUUCCACGGCGACAGCUCCCCGUUUGAUGGAGAAGGUGGCUUUUUGGCACAUGCCUACUUCCCCGGUCCAGGGAUGGGCGGAGACACGCAUUUUGACUCAGACGAGCCGUGGACAAUCGGCAACCAGAAUUUGCAGGGCAACGAUCUGUUUCUGGUAGCAGUGCAUGAGCUGGGUCAUGCUUUGGGCCUGGAACACUCCAAUAACCCAAUGGCCAUCAUGGCUCCUUUCUACCAGUGGAUGGACACAGACAACUUCCAGCUUCCAGAGGAUGAUCUCAGGGGGAUCCAGCAGAUCUAUGGGCCUCCUGUUAGUACCCCUACUCAAGCUCUACCCACUGUGAACCCUCGUCGUCCUAACCACCCUAAAGACCCUCCAAGAGACCCUCCAAGAGCCCCUCCCCGCCGUCCAGACAGGCCACGCACCACUGACCGCCCAGAUCAGUACGGACCCAACAUUUGUGAGGGCAACUUCGACACGGUCACCAUGCUCAGGGGAGAAAUGUUUGUCUUCAAGGGUCGCUGGUUCUGGAGGGUCAGGAGAAACCGAGUGUUGGAUAACUACCCAAUGCCCAUCGGCCAUUUCUGGAGGGGCCUGCCUGGAGAUAUUGACGCAGCGUACGAGAGACAUGACGGCAGAUUUGUGUUUUUCAAAGGGAGUCAGUACUGGCUGUUCCGAGAGGCCAACUUGGAGCCAGGAUACCCUCAGGAGCUGAUGGAUUAUGGCAGAGAUAUUCCCUAUGACAAGAUAGAGACCGCUAUCUGGUGGGAGCCAUCUGGCUACACCUACUUCUUUAAAGAAGACAGGUACUGGCGUUUUAAUGAACAGUCGCGUACAGUGGAUCAAGGCUACCCUAAGCCCAUCAGUAUAUGGGACUCAUCAGUGCCUGUGUCUCCCAAGGGGGCCUUCCUCAGCGAUGAUGGAGCCUACACAUACUUCUACAAAGGCAGUAAAUACUGGAAGUUUGACAACCAUCGUAUGAAGAGUGAGCCUGGCUACCCCAAGUCCAUCCUGAGGGACUUCAUGGGCUGCAGCGUGGACCUGGACCCAGACAGAGACACGGACGUGGACCCGGGCCGCAAGUGGCCUGACCGCCCACCGUUUAACCCAGACGCCGGGCGGGACAAGGACAAGGAGAAAGAUAAGGACAAGGAGCGAGACCGCACCAACGAUGUGGACUACAAGGAGGCGACAGAAGAGGAGACGAACGAAGUGGACGUGGUGCUGAAGAUUGACGAGACGGAGCGCACCAUGAACAUCAUCAUGGUGGCUGUACCCCUGGUCCUGGUGCUGUGCAUCCUGGGCCUGAUCUACGCCAUCAUCAACACGCUGCAGAGGAAAGGGGCGCCCAAGUACUUGGUGUACUGCAAACGCUCCUUACAGGAGUGGGUGUAACUUUUCACUGUUUGACUUUGACUGACCUCUGACCCCUGAUCUCUGUUCCCGUGUCUUUUUUUUCCACCCCCUCCUGGUGUAUGUACAUGAUAAAUGUGUGCGCGCACACAAAACACACACCUUAUACUCUUUUGUCCCAUGGUGCUGUCCUAAUGAGUUGACUGUAGUCUAUUUAUAUCAGGAAGUUUGCACAUUGUUUUUAUUGUUAUCCUUUCUUCAUCAUGGAUUUUCUCCU